AUGGCGCCACGAAAAAUCAGCGAAGAAGUUCGUCGUGAGAAAUGCCGGAAUAAGGAGGCGAGACGUGCCGAGCAGAUUAAUGGAGCCUUCAAUUCGUUGUUGAAGUGAGUUUGGGUACUGUAGGGGUACUGUAGGGGGUUACUGUAGGGGGUACUGUAGGGGGGUACUGUAGUUUUCUGGACUACUGUAGGUAGCAUUUUGGCAUUUAAAAAUCCAGGAUUUCAAAAAAUUUCCAAAAAUCAUUGGCUUACUGUAGAUCAAGAAGAUUUCCCGCCAAAAACUACGGUGUAUAAAUAAUCUAGAGAGUACUGUAGGUAGUCAGAUACUGUAGAUCAAAAUAAUUUUGUUAUAGAAGGAUGUAGGGGUACUGUAGUUUUCUGGACUACUGUAGGUAGCGUUUUGUGGCAUUUAAAAAUCCUAGGGAAAUGGGGUUUCAAAAAUUUCCAAAAAAAUAAUGAGUACUGUAAGUGAUCGGCUUACUGUAGAUCAAGAAUCCCCGCCAAAAACUACGGUGUAUAAAUAAUCUAGAGAGUACUGUAGAUAGUCAGAUACUGUAGAUCAAAGUAAUUUUGCUAUAGAAAGCUGUAGGUUCAAAUAUCGGUUCAAACACACUAAGGUAGAAUUGAUGUAGUUCAAGGUUACUGUAGCUCUAUGGAAUUUUGGGAUACUGUAGAUCAAAUUAUGAAAGAAUUCUAGUUCUAGAUUACUGUACGUAGAUCAAAACUCUUGGGAUACUGUAGAUAAGUUUCCAAAUUCAAAUUCAAAAAUUUUGGCACCAAAACCGUACCCGACUUAAAAUCCACCCAAUUUUCAGAUCAAUUCCCUACAUUCCCGAAACUCAACGUCCAACAAUGCCAAAAAUCAAAACUUUGCGUUUGGCCAUGAAAUACAUUCAACAUUUAUCGCAAAUUUUGGAGGGACAAUGGGCGUUUGCGGGAAAUUCGCAAGAAAAUCCCCGCCCGCUUCAAUUCGAUGAUUUUCAAGUAUAUUGCGGAUGGAGAGAUCAAGGUACGGUGGAUUUUUUGGCGCCAAAAAAUCGAAAAUUGUGCCACGUGCAUUUUUCUGGGGGUUACUGUAGUUUUUUUUUUCAAAUUUUUAGAGAUUUGAAUGUUUCUGUCACCUGGAAUUCUCCAGGUUACUGUAGCUUUUUUGGCAUAAAAUUUUCGUAGCUGUUUCUCAGGUUACUGUAGAUCUGUUUCUGGCGCCAAAAAAUUAGUUUCAAAUUUUUGAAGUUUAUUUCUGCCACGUGGCUUGUUUGGGUGGGUUACUGUAGAUUUUUUUGAUCGAAAUUUAGCGCUCCAAAAAUUCAUUUUCGAAAAUUGUGGAUUUUUGUGGGUUACUGUAGCUGCCAAAACUUGAAACUUUUUUUGUUGUAAAUUUUUUCUCAAGCUACAGUAAUCUUUUUUCAAAUCAAAAUUCCAACAAAAUCUACAGUAUCCGGGUUACUGUAGAGUUAGUUCAAUCAAAUUCGGUUUCAAAAAAUGUGAGAAAUUUUUUAAAAAUUUAAUUUCAGCAUCUACAGUAACCCUGUUUUCUCAAGAUACAGUAACCUAUCCGGGUUACUGUAGAGUCCAGCAAAUAUAUUUUCAAAAAAUCUUUUCAGGUUCGCAACUCGUACAGGGAGCGCGCUCAACAAACCGAGAUGGACAUUGAAGUUGUGCAUCGAAUUCAGCAGCGAACCGAGGCGAAGCGAAAACAACGAUGCUCCGGUGAGUACGCCACGCCACUUGGCGCCAAAAUUCAAAUUUUCAAAAAAAAAAAUCAUAUUUUUUUUCCAGAAACCACUGCUCCAACUCUACUUCCUCCUCAAACUCAACCACCACACGUUUUCUACAGUACCUCUUCUCCUUCAACUACCGUAGUCCCUCCUAUCCCAAAUCAAUUCGAGACCUACAGUAGUAUGCCACAGUAUCCCGCGUUGCCACGUGUCGACACGGUAUACGGUAGCUGCUCACCGCCCGAUUUAUUCUACCAGAAUCCGCUGAUGUCUUCUGAUGAGGAGUGGAGAUUCUGA